GAAAAGUUCUACAGACCACACUAUUUCCUGGGUGCUUGUUCUUUGCCUGGUUCUGGGCAAGGGCUUUGUGGAGGCUGGUUCAUGUACUCCUUGACACAGUCCUCUACAUGUCCAGUCCAUCCAGGAGAAGAGUCAAAAGCUCUCAACACCUCUUGACCAAGAAUGUGGUGAUCGAGUCGGACCUGUACGCACCAAGGCCGCUGGAGCUGCUGCCUCAACGCUGCGAGCGACCCCAAACCGGUGACCGCAGGUUUGGCAGACUGCAAACCGCCCGGCCGCCCGGGACGCAUCCCACCAAAACCCCCAUCAGACCUGCGGGGAUUUCUGAACCCAAAGCUUCGAAUCUGUGUGGGAGUCGAGCAUAUGGGAAAUCAUUGAUUUCCCCAGUGGCCCGCAUCUCAGUGAAAGCUCCAGCUGUGGUGGAGGUGACAGCCAAGGGCUCAGAAAAAGGAGCUGUUCUGGGAAGAGGAUCCAGACACCUCAAGAAGAUUGCAGAAGAGUACCCAACCCUUCCCCAGGGGGCUGAAGCCUCCCUGCCGUUAACAGGCAGUGCUUCCUGUGGUGUCCCUGGCAUCCUAAGAAAAAUGUGGACCAGGCACAAGAAGAAGUCUGAAUACGUGGGAGCCACCAACAGCGCCUUUGAAGCUGACUAAAGGUGACCUUUCUUGGGAGCCUUGCACUGGCCAAGGGUCACAGGAGAGAAGAGUUGAGGACUGGGACUGAGCCACCUUCCCCUCUGCUGGUUGCUAGUCCAAACACGUCACCCUCCCUCACACUCUGGCACAGGGCAUGGGAAGUAACGAAGCAACGUCCCGGAAGGCGGGAAAGCCAUUUCCCAGAACUGCUAAAGCCAUUGGUCUAAAGUCUUAUUGGAGAUCAUAAAGGUUAUACCCCUCUCUUUAGGAAGACUAUGCCAAAAGCAAACCUUCCUGGCCCGUUUGAAAGCCCUCCAAGGAAAACAGAAGGCAGCUGCCCUGUCUCCUUUGUGAGUUUUCCCAAAAUGUAGGAUUUCCGGUGUAAAUGUAAAAGCUUGGUUCCGAGGUAGUCCUAACACAACGGUUCUUACUUUCCCAUUUCAUGUCUUUUUCGCCUUGAUGAGAUACAAAGCGCUUCAUCUUUCCUUUGUCCUAAUAUCUACUUAACAGCAUCAUCUCUCUGCUUUGCUAACCAUGGGCAUGGUGGCAUGAGUUCUCUGACGUGCCGUUUUUCUAUAGAAAAGCACUUAAAACUGCAGUGUUAACUUUAGUGUCUUAUAUUUUGUGAAGCGGUGCAGUCGGCCAGCUUUGUCAACCCCGAGAGUGUUUUCCCAUUUGUUGCCUCUUCCUACCAUCGAAAAACCACUGUUAAGAAAACACUGUUGUUCCCAACUUUCAGGUGGGGAGACUGGGGUCCCUGGAAGUUAUGUGACUAGACUCCAGGCUGUAGGUCUCUCACCGGGUCUUAGCUUCUCUCCAAUAACUGAAUUAAGGACGUUUUUAAAUGGAGAGAAGAAUCCAAUAACGGUGGAACUAAAAGGUGAUUUGAAUGACAUACGUCAUUAUGUAUUAGAUUAGUAAGAUGGGUGAGAGCAGAGGCUGGAAAUCCCAGCUUCCCGAGAGGGUUAGGCAGGAGGACCACAUGUUUGAGACAUGCCUGGGCAGUUUAGCAAGACCCUGUCUCAAAAACCACACACACUGAGAGAGAGAGAGAGAGAGAGAGAGAGAGAGAGAGAGAGAGAGAGAGAGAGAGAGAGAGAGAGAUUUAUGCACUAGAUGAAACCAGAAGAAAUUACCAUUUUUGUAGGUUGAAGACAGCUGAAAAACAUUUCCUGUGGCUCAAACUAAUAUUUACUCUCAUUUAAAAUGAUCAUAUAAGAAAUAAUGAUAACCAUAGCUCUCAUCUGUUCGAUGCCUACCCACCCUGUGCCAGGCACAGUACUGAGCCCUUCCCAUGAAGGCUUCUGUUCUUUCUAACAACUAAGUCAGGUGAAUUUGCCCACUGCAUAGGAAGAUACCAAUUCAAAAAGAUUAAAUGAUUAGUUUGAAGUCACCUAGCUUUCAAUGCCCAUGUUACAUCUGCUCCUUCACACAAAGUAGGGAACAAGGAAGUACUGAAACCAGCAAAGAAUCUCCACCUCAGUGGACGGGGAGAGGCUGCCUGGAGUCAGUGUGGAGAUGGAAUCUGAGGUAUCAGAGUGCAGAAAUUGAUGAGUGGUAUCUGCUUGUGGAGUGAUCGAUAACACAGACUAUAUACUUCUCAUUUGUGGUUUAAAUUCUGCCCCAGAAGUCUUAUUUCCUAAUUAAGAGGUUUAAAUUAAUCCAAUCCUCUUAACGAAAGCAGAAACACUGUGGUAAAACUGACCCUCCGAUUGUGUUGAGAAUCGCCAUGUCUUGGCACAAGGAAGAGUUUGAACAGUUUGGGUCUCAGACUUCCUCCUGCCUGGUGCUCUGUGGCCUCUGCUCUCCUGUUUCUGACCCUCUAAGUGAACCGUGAAAGGGCAGGGGUAGGUCAAAACCCGGGCUUCCAGGCUCUCACCCUGCUGACUCCUGCCCUUCAGCUCUGCUUUGGACUCUGAGCAUCUGACCCUCAUAUCCAAACACAGUUUGGAAAUCCGGGCUUUAAGUGCUUUGUCACCAAGGGGCCAGUCCCCGUGGCCGGUCCAGUGUUGUACACAAUAUUAAGUUGGAAUCCAGAACAAAGCUAGGGGACAAACAGGUCAUCGUCUUCGAUGACUGGAUUUAUUUAACUCACAAUGGAUAUCUUAAAUGUGUGUGUAGCACCUGCAGAUUUAUGUACAGACUGGGACUCCUUUAUUUAUCUUUAACUAUUUCAUGGUGAAGUGUUUGCCUUGUGUAGAGCAUUUCAAUUCAAAUGGCCAAUUCAAAUCAAAAUAAAGUCUGCCUUGUUUGUGACAUUAAUAAACCACUUGAAGAACGUA